UACGUCACAUCCCUCAUGCAGGACGACCGCACGUGUAUCCAGAUAGUACAGUCGUCUGUUUACUGAAAUUGGAAGGGUUAGAUAUUAGCCUCUCACAUGCCAAAACAGAAAACACACACAUUGUAGUGACUUUGUAGAACUCGCAGUGAUGCCGAAAGUGAAAAAGUCAAAAGGCGGAGGCGGCGGAGAGAAGAGCGGAGGAAUGGUCGCACUUGCUGACCAAAUCCUGCAAGGGGACAUGGUGCGGGCACACGGCCGGGUGAAGAGCAAGGACAGCCGGGGAGAGAGUGAGGACAGCUACGUGGACGAGCGUCUGUCGCGGAAGAUUUUGGAGCAAGCCCGGAUCCAGCAAGAGGAACUUCAGACAGAAUAUGGCUUGGCACCUGAGAAGAAGAAAGCUCCGGUCACUGUUCUCGGGUCCAGCACUCAGGAUGCAGACUCAGAUGAGGAGUGGCCAGCACUGGGAGAAGGCAGUGCUGAGGACGGGGACGCCAGCUGUGAAACUGAAGUUGUAGUUGACCCAGAGGAUGAGAAGGCCAUGGAGAUGUUCAUGAAUAAGAAUCCUCCAAUGAGACGGACAUUAGCAGACAUUAUUAUGGACAAGAUAACCGAGAAGCAGACUGAGGUGGGGACAGUGAUGUCAGAGGUGUCGGGGCGGCCCAUGCCCCAGCUAGACCCCAGGAUCAUUGAAGUGUACAGAGGUGUCAGCAAGGUUCUGUCAAAAUAUCGCAGCGGUAAAUUGCCAAAGGCUUUCAAAAUUAUUCCUGCACUGUCAAACUGGGAGCAAGUUCUGUAUUUGACUGAACCUGAAAGCUGGACUGCUGCUGCCAUGUAUCAGGCAACAAGAAUCUUCUCGUCCAAUCUGAAGGAGCGAAUGGCCCAGCGGUUUUACAACUUGGUGCUGCUGCCCCGAGUCCGGGAUGACAUUGCAGAGUACAAACGACUCAACUUUCAUUUGUACAGCGCCCUGAAGAAGGCCCUGUUCAAACCAGGGGCGUGGUUUAAAGGUAUACUGAUCCCACUCUGUGAAUCAGGGACAUGCACCCUAAGGGAGGCCAUCAUCAUUGGAAGCAUACUCACAAAGUGCUCAAUCCCUGUGCUGCACUCCAGUGCUGCCAUGCUUAAAUUGGCAGAGAUGGAGUACAACGGUGCCAACAGCAUUUUUCUGCGUCUCUUGCUUGACAAGAAAUACGCCCUUCCAUUCCGUGUCCUGGAUGCCUUGGUGGCUCACUUCCUGUCCUUCCGCAGUGAGAAACGCGUCCUUCCUGUUCUGUGGCAUCAGAGUUUGCUUACUCUGGCCCAGCGCUACAAGGCUGACCUCGCCUCUGAACAGAAGGCAGCCCUGCUGGAGCUGCUGAAGAUACAAACACACCCUCAGAUCUCUGCAGAGAUUCGCCGCGAGCUACAAAACUCUGAGUCGCGCGAUCUUGAAACCGCUGUGCCUGUUACUGUAUUUAUGGACUGAGUAUUUAGUUGAGACAGGCACAGCAUCCCCCUUGUCUGAUGCAAAUGCUUCUGGUGUCUUCAACAAAUUAAAGGCUGUGCAGAUUUUUUUUUUUAAAAUCUAGCCUUCAUCAUAUGGAUGCUUUCUAUUCUAUAAAAUCAUAAAUUCCAAGUUUAUAGUGACUCAUUUCAGCAGCCACAAUUUUGUUUUCCACUUGGAUUUGACUGCAUUUAAAAGGAAAUGCAAAUCAAGAGCCUCUAGUUGCAUAUUAUGAAGCUCAUAACUGUUAGAAUGCAGUGUUUGCUUUCUGUAAUAGAUCCAAAAGCAGCUUCAUCAUUUUGAAGCAGCAGAGAAGUUAUUUGGAUUUUAAACAACAGUUAUGUAGAGAUAAUUUGUUUCUUUCAAUAAUAUGUGCCCAGUUGGUAUUAUUGUUUAAUACAAACACACAAGAAAAAUAAAAAUAAUUUUGGUUUGAA